GCGGCGGGCCCGGGCAUGAGCAGGAGGAGGAUCCGAGCGAGCGCGGAGCCGGUGCCCGCAGCCCCCGCGCCGCCAUGGUGGAGGCGGCGCCCCCGGGGCCCGGGCCGCUGCGGAGGACCUUCCUGGUGCCCGAGAUCAAGUCGCUGGACCAGUAUGAUUUCUCGCGGGCCAAGGCGGCGGCCAGCCUGGCGUGGGUGCUGCGGGCCGCGUUCGGGGGCGCAGAGCAUGUGCCCUCGGAGCUGUGGGAGCCCUUCUACACGGAUCAGUACGCCCAGGAGCACGUGAAGCCCCCGGUGACACGGCUGCUGCUCUCUGCCGAGCUGUACUGCCGGGCCUGGCGCCAGGCGCUGCCGCAGCUCGAAGCGCCCCCUAGCCCCUCUGCACUUCUGGCACUGCUGGCACGGAGGGGCACAGUGCCUGCGCUGCCCGAGCGUCCGGUGCAGGAGGCCGACCUGAGGCACCAGCCUAUCCUCAUGGGAGCCCACCUAGCUGUCAUUGAUGCCCUCAUGGUUGCCUUCGCCUUCGAGUGGACAAAGACACUGCCUGGUCCCUUGGCCCUAGCCAGCUUGGAGCACAAGCUCCUUUUCUGGGUAGACACGACCAUCCGGCGGCUGCAGGAGAAGACGGAGCAGGAAGCUGCCCAGAGAGCAUCUCCGGUGGCCCCUGCAGAUGGCGUGGCCCCAGCGCAGCCUUCGUGCCCCACACGCUGGUACUGGAAGCUGGUUCCUCACGCAAUUGCCUUCUGUUUGAAGGAGUCGGGGAGCAAACCCCCCAUGAUUCGAUAUCGCAAGGACCGCGCUGUGGCCCGACGCGCCCCCUGCUUUCCAACGGUGACCAGCCUCCAAGACCUGGCAAGUGGGGCUGCGCUGGCCGCCACAAUCCAUUGCUAUUGUCCCCAGCUCUUGCGACUUGAGGAGGUAUGCCUCAAGGACCCCAUGUCUGUGGCGGACAGCCUGUACAACCUCCAGCUGGUGCAGGAUUUCUGUGCCUCCCGCCUCCCUCGGGGCUGCCCGCUGUCCUUGGAGGACCUUCUCUAUGUCCCACCACCCCUCAAGAUCAACCUGAUGGUGCUGCUGGCUGAGUUGUUCAUGUGCUUUGAGGUGCUGAAACCCGACUUUGUGCAGGUCAAGGAUCUGCCCGAUGGUCACGCCGCCUCCCCCCAGGCCACAGAGGCCUCUACUCCCCAGAACAACAGUGGCAGCAGCUCUCCUGUCUUCAAUUUCCGCCAUCCACUCCUGUCAGCUGGUGGCCCCCAGUCCCCACUCCGAGGAUCCACAGGCUCGCUCAAGUCCUCCCCGUCCAUGUCCCACAUGGAGGCCCUCGGCAAAGCCUGGAACCGUCAGCUCAGCCGUCCCCUUUCCCAGGCCGUGUCGUUCAGCACCCCCUUUGGCCUGGACAGCGACGUGGAUGUUGUCAUGGGAGACCCCGUCCUACUGCGCUCCGUCAGCUCAGACAGCCUGGGUCCCCAGCGCCCUGUGCCAGCCCGGACCCCCGCGCAGCCACCCCCGGAGACUGGUGACCUGCCUACCAUCGAGGAGGCCCUGCAGAUCAUCCACAGUGCCGAGCCCCGGCUGCUCCCAGACGGGGCUGCGGAUGGCAGCUUCUACCUCCACUCCCCCGAGGGGUCCUCUAAACUGCCGCUGGCUUCCCCCUACCCACCAGAGGGGGCCUCGAAACCACUGCCUGACGGGCCCACCAAAGUACCUGCCUACUUGCCCCAUCCCGAGGGCCCCUCAAAACCGGCUCCCUGUCCAGCCGGGGAGGUAUCAAAACCAGCAGCCCUGCCUGAGGGUUCCCCGAAGGUGGCAGCUUCGUCCCCAGCAGCCAGCAACUCCGAAGUGAAAAUGACCAGCUUUGCUGAACGCAAGAAGCAGUUGGUGAAGGCCGAGGUUGAAGCCGGGUCCCCGGUGGCCACCCCGGGGGCACCGGAGGCCCUGAGUUCAGAGAUGAGUGAGCUUGGAGCCCGGCUAGAGGAGAAACGCCGGGCCAUCGAGGCCCAGAAGCGACGGAUCGAGGCCAUCUUUGCCAAGCACCGCCAGCGACUGGGCAAGAACGCUUUCCUGCAGGUGCAGCCCCGGGAGGUCGGUGGGGAAGCGGAGGCAGAGCUGGGCCCGGCCCCUGGCGGGGAGCGGCCAGCAGGUGAGGGCCAGGGUGAGCCGUCCCCACGGCCAAAGGCGGUGACCUUCUCACCAGAACUGGGCCCCGUGCCCCCCGAAGGACUGGGGGACUAUAACCGGGCAGUGAGCAAGCUGAGCGCGGCGCUGAACUCUCUGCAACGGGACAUGCAGAGGCUCACAGACCAGCAGCAGCGGCUCCUGGCCCCACCCGAGUCCUCCACAGCCGCCCCUACUCCCGCUGCCGCCGCAUGGGUCAUCCCCGGUCCCACAACGGGCCCCAAAGCCGCAUCCCCCAGCCCCGCCCGGCGCACCCCAGCUGCCCGGCGCAGCCACGGGCCAGGCCCCAGCCCGGGCCCCAGCCCCACACCCCGCAGCCCCAAACACGCGCGGCCAGCAGAGCUGCGGCUGGCACCCCUGACCAGGGUGCUCACGCCCCCGCAUGACGUGGACAGCCUCCCCCACCUGCGCAAGUUUUCACCGAGCCAGGUGCCGGUGCAGACGCGCUCCUCCAUCCUCCUGGCGGAGGGGCCGCCCCCCGAGGAGCCCACAGCACGGCCCAGCCUUAUUGAGAUCCCACUGAGCAGCCUGGAGGAGCCAGCAGCUGAGGAGGAGGGAGAUGGGAGCCCCCCUGGGGCUGAGGAUUCCUUAGAGGAGGAAGCGUCUUCAGAGGGAGAACCCCGCGCCGGGCUGGGGUUCUUCUAUAAGGAUGAAGACAAGCCCGAGGACGAGAUGGCCCAGAAGCGGGCCAGCCUGCUGGAACGGCAGCAGCGGCGAGCCGAGGAGGCGCGGCGGAGGAAGCAGUGGCAGGAGGCCGAGAAGGAGCAGCGGCGGGAGGAGGCCUCGAGGCUGGCCCAGGAGGAGGUGGCCCCCAGCCCUCCUGCACCCACAGCUCCUACGGCCUCUGCUGCAACCCCAGCCCCAGCUGCCCGGGCCCCCGCUGAGGAGGAGGUGGGCCCCCGGCGGGGGGAGUUCACACGGCUGGAGUAUGAACGCCGGGCCCAGCUGAAGUUGAUGGACGAUCUGGAUAAGGUGCUGCGGCCCCGAGCAGCAGGGAGUGGGGGGCCAGGCCGCGGCGGUCGGAGGGCCCCCCGGCCACGCUCUGGUUGCUGCGAUGACUCAGCCCUGGCUCGGAGCCCAGCCCGUGGGCUGCUGGGCUCUCGGCUUAGCAAAAUCUACUCCCAGUCCACCCUGUCUCUGUCGACAGUGGCCAACGAGGCCUCCAGUAACCUUGGCGUGAAGAGGCCCACAUCUCGGGCUCCAUCUCCAUCUGGCCUCAUGUCCCCGAGCCGCCUGCCCGGCAGCCGUGAACGUGAGUGGGACAAUGGCAGCAACGCAUCCUCCCCGGCCUCAGUGCCUGAGUACACGGGUCCGCGGCUAUACAAGGAGCCGAGUGCCAAGUCCAACAAGUUCAUCAUCCACAACGCCCUGUCACAUUGCUGCCUGGCGGGCAAGGUGAAUGAGCCACAGAAGAACCGCAUUCUUGAGGAGAUCGAGAAGAGCAAAGCCAACCACUUCCUGAUCCUCUUCCGCGACUCAAGCUGCCAGUUCCGGGCCCUAUACACGCUGUCCGCGGAAACAGAGGAGCUGUCACGGCUGGCGGGCUAUGGCCCCCGCACAGUCACGCCAGCCAUGGUCGAGGGCAUCUAUAAGUAUAACUCAGACCGCAAGCGCUUCACGCAGAUCCCCGCCAAGACCAUGUCCAUGAGCGUGGAUGCCUUCACCAUCCAGGGACACCUCUGGCAGAGCAAGAAGCCCACCACCCCCAAGAAGGGCAGCAGCACCCCCAAAUAGCCCCAUCCUGGGUGGUCUGCAGGCCGGGCCCUGUGUACUCCGACCGCCACCCCCUCCGGGAACCAACCUAGAGGACAGUCAGUCGGUGUUCCUGGGUCCUGUCUGUCCCCGACCUUGUGUGGGUGGGGCUGGAGUCCCCACCCCCUAAUUUUUGUCCCGUCCUGCGUGGGGGCUGAGCUGGGAGGUUCAGGGACUCAGGGCUCAGCUCAGUGCCCCCCACCGUCUGUCCUCCCCACCUUCUUGAAUAAAGUAAUUUAAAGAGA